GGCCACUAUACAUGAAAUUGAAAAAGAAAAAGAAAAGUAGAGGCAAGAUAAAAGUAAAAUUCGGUCGUCAAAGCUAUACUUGAGGCGCCGCGAAGAAAUUAAUGAAACGUGACAGCAUAAAAAGGGGCCGGGUUUAGGCCCGAAUGGGGUUUCUUGGUAGUUGGGCGAAGGGUUUUACAUCCCCACUAACUGAGCUCUCUUCCCUCCACGUAGCCGCAGUCUGCGAAGGAGACAAUCACCAUCUUCUGUCUCUUUUGUUACUUAUUUAUUUUGGUUCAAUUGCUUUUUGGUUUCAAAUUUAUCACAUUUGGAUCCAGAAGCAAUAAUCUGCAAUGGCAACUCUCGUCCCUCCUCCUACAACGACAGUUCCUGCAGCGGCGGAGAAAGUUGAUUAUCUCAACUUGCCGUGCCCUAUUCCCUAUGAAGAAAUUCAUCGCGAAGCUCUCAUGUCUUUAAAGCCAGAACUUUUUGAAGGGUUGCGCUUUGAUUUCACUAAAGGACUUAAUCAGAGAUUUUCACUCAGUCACAGUGUACUUAUGGGGCCCACAGAACUUCCUUCACAGUCCACGGAGACAAUCAAAAUUCCAACUGCUCACUAUGAGUUUGGUGCUAACUUUAUAGAUCCAAAGCUGAUGCUUUUCGGCAGAGUAAUGACGGAUGGAAGGGUGAAUGCUAGAGUAAAAUGUGAUUUAUCUGAGAAUCUUACCUUGAAGGCUAAUGGUCAGUUGACCGGUGAGCCACAUAUGUCGCAUGGCAUGGUUAAUUUCGAUUACAAGGGAAAAGAUCACAGGUCCCAGUUUCAACUUGGGAAUGGUGCAUUAUUUGGAGCCAGCUACAUCCAGGUGAAGUAAAAUUUGUUAUCUGUCACUUGACAAAGGCAAAAGAGAUUAACUUGAAAAGAAAUUAAUCUUUAAAUCAUGA